AUUGUGCUAAAAAGCUUCAACCUUUUGUCUCUCUUUAUUAUUCCUUUCCAUUUCAAGAAUCUGAAACCCCUUCAUCUCAUUUCUUCUUUUGAACAGCUUCAUUUUCAUUUCAAUAGCAGUCGCCUUCCCAAAUUCGAAAUCUUGUGCUAAAUUCGAUUAUCAUUUCUUUCAAUUUCAAUGGCAAUGGCAGCGAUUUCACCUGAAUCCCAAAUGAAUCAAAGAACAUGGCCGUGUAAAUCGGACGGUGGUCCUCGUUUCACUGCCAUUUCAUUCAUCGGAAAAGGAAAACAUGGCAGUAAGAAUGAUAAUCCAAGAUUAACAAACAACCCCACAAUCAAUAAUUUCCAAAUCAAUCCAAAAAAUCAAGAUUUCGCAGAUUUUUCACAACUUCCUGACGAUGUGCUAUUGAAAAUUGCUGCUAAUUUCACUUUGCCUAAUUUACGUGCGGCUUCACAAGUAUGUAAGUCUUGGUGUGAUGGGUUGAGACCCUUAAGAGAAGCUAUGUUGUUUCUCAAAAAUGGGAAGCGGUUUAAGCAUGGGCGUGGAGGGGUGAAACCUGAUUUGAAUAAGGCUCUUGAAUCGUUCCUUAAAGGUGCGGCUCUUGGGUCUACUUUGGCUAUGGUGGAUGCUGGAUUGGUUUAUUGGGAAAUGGGGAGGAAGGAACAAGGGAUUGCUUUUUAUAGAAAAGCAGCUGCACUUGGUGAUCCUGCUGGUCAGUGUAAUUUGGGGAUUUGCCUCUUGCAAGCUAACCCUCUGGACAGUGAGGAGGCUAUUAAAUGGCUUUACAAAGCUUCAGUUGCAGGCUAUGUUCGAGCUCAGUACCAACUUGCCCUUUGUUUACAUAAAAAUCGUGGCCCAAGUAGGAAUCUUCGUGAAGCGGUAACGUGGUUUCUGAAGGCAGCAGAAGGUGGAUAUGUCCGUGCUAUGUACAAUAUAGCAAUGCGCUACUCAGUUGGAGAAGGUUUAGUUCAAUCUCAUAAAUUAGCAAGGAAAUGGAUGAAGAGAGCAGCUGAUCGAGGGCAUAGCAAAGCCCAAUUUGAGCAUGGACUCAGUCUAUUUUCCGAAGGGAACAUGAAGAAAGCUGUUGUAUAUUUGGAACUUGCCACUCGUGCUGGUGAGACAGCAGCUGAUCACGUCAAGUAUGUUAUACUUCAAGAGAUGUCCACUUCUUGUCGUGACAGAGCCAUGCUUCUUGCUGAUAAUUGGCGUCCUUUGCCUUCUUCAUCUCGCUGAUUGAGUCUCCUUCUUGUUGUUUUUUCCAGCCUUAAUGCUGCCUAAGCAUAUUUUCUCUAGCAUGCUGCCUUUGAACUUGUUUCAAGUACAAAGUGUAAAUAUACAUAGUUUUCUUGUAAAUAAUUUUUUUCCUUAAAAGUUACAAUUUCCUUA